AUGAGUUUAACAAGAGUUGUUAAAUUGGUGAUACGACCCAACAGAAAUUUGUAUACGUAUAACCUUAACAAAAUUCAGGCCAUUUGUUUGAAUUCACAUCUAUGUGCAUUUUCUAAUAAUUAUUUUUACUCAAAUAUUGCCUCAAAUCAAUUACUCCCAAUAUCCUAUACCACAAUUCAACUAAAUCCUCAAAUUCGUCAAAUAUCAUAUACAUCGUCACUAUUAUCGAAAAAUCAAUGUUCCAAAAUUGAAGAAGCUGUGAAUGCAGUCAAAAUAAAAUGUCAAAAAAAAGAAGUUAAUACAAAAAAACCUAAAAAGUCAUUGAAACAGAGAAUUAUUGAUGAACUUUAUCACUAUUAUUAUGGUUUUAAACUUCUGGGACUCAACACUAAAAUCUCCUUUAAAUUGGCAAUUAAAAAAUUGAGAGGUAUUGAAUUAACAAGAAGAGAACAUAAAUUAUUCGUUCAAACUAUGGCCGAUCUUUUCCGGUUAUUACCUUUCUCUGUGUUCAUUAUCGUUCCAUUCCUAGAAUUCACUUUGCCUGUUUUUUUAAAGAUUUUUCCGGGUAUGUUACCAACUACAUUUCAAACAAAGGAUCAGGAGGAAGCAAAACUCAUACAAUCCCUCAAAGUCAAACUCGAAAUGGCUAAAUUUCUUCAAGAGACUUUAGACAAUAUGUCUGUGUGCGGUAAAGGGCACACGAGUGAACUAGCUCUAGAAUUUGCUGACUUUUUCGCAAAAGUAAGAAAAGAAGGUGUUGUUAUACCAGCUGAUGAAAUGCUUAAGUUUUCAAAGCUGUUUAAGGACGAAAUUACCAUUGACUCACUACCCCGACCACAAUUGGUUGCCCUUUGUCGAGUGCUCGAACUACAACCAAUUGGGACCUCAAGCGUUUUGAAAUAUCUUCUGACUCUUAAACUUCGAUCAUUAAUAGUUGAUGAUAAGAUGAUUCAAAAAGAAGGCGUUGAUUCUCUGACGUUUAGUGAGCUUCAAGAAGCCUGUAAGUCUCGUGGUAUGGGUGCUUAUGGCCUCACUGAAAACCGCCUAAGACAACAGCUAACUCAGUGGAUAGACUUAUCACUCAAUGAAAGAGUUCCUCCUUUAUUACUUCUCCUCUCUAGAGCAUUUAGUCUUACGCCUAAUAUUCCAACUAAUGAUUUAUUAAAAAAAGCAAUUACUGCUUUGCCAUAUGGUGUUGGUGCAUCAACUGAGGCUGAUUUGUGUGAGCGCGAUGGCGCUAUUGAUAACAAGGCGAAAUUGAAAGCAAUAGAAGAAGAGGAACGUAAGGCAAAAGAAGAAAUAGAAGAAUGUAUGAGAGAAAAGAAAAAACAACGAGAUGAUGCUGACAAAGUAUGCUGCAAUAUAGUUGAUAAGGCACCUGUCUUAACAGAUACAACUGGAAUUGAAGGAGAAGAUACAUCAACUGUUUUAAAAACACUAGAAUGUGCUUUAGAAAAUAUGUGCUCAGAACAAAAUAAAUUAAUUGUUGAAAUAUCAGAAAUCUGUGAAUUAAAGGAUGAACUUAAAUGUUACCAAAAAGAUAGAAAUGAUCUUCAAGAAGUAAUGCAAUCUACGAAAAAAGAACAAGUUAAAGAAUCAGAGCCAGCUAAACAAUUAUUUAAUGUACUCAUUAAGAUAAUAAACGACAUAGAUCAGGUCGUCAGUAAGUUGGAGAAAACAGAAUUAGUCAGUGCAAAUAUUACUAUCGAUGUUGAAUCAAUCAAGAUUGACGAACUGAUCGCAGCAGUACGAAAAUUACAAAAUGUACCGGAUGAAUGCAAAAUACAAAAAAUUCUUAAAAUUCUGUCUAAAAUUGACAAUGAUAAAGAUGGUUCAAUAAGAUUAGAUACUUUGUUGAAAAUACUGCGUCUGAUUGGUGAUGUAAAUACGAAUUUAUCUGAUAAAACAAUGGAUAUAAUAAUGCAAAUAGUUAUUAAAGAGAAAAACAUGACAAAAAGUGGCAGUUCCUAACUAUCUUAGACGUUUGUGGUUUGUUUUAUAUUUGCUAUUUUCACCGU